CUGGCAGAGACCGGAGGACGCGAGCGAGAGGACCGGGCAGAAGUUGGGCUUGCUCUCCACUUUCCCUGCGCGAUCCCCGGCGCUCCCGGCAGGAGGUGAAAGUCCCCGGGGCCGCCGGGCUCCGGAUGGCGUAGUUGCCGCCGCCGCGGCCCGAGCGCUGGGCGGGGACGCUUGCCUCCCUCCGCCGCCCUCCAGCCCGCGGAGCCCCGGGACCGUGUGCGUGGGACAAGCCGCCUGCCAGGGCAAUUUGAAAAUUGCAACGAGGGAUUUUUUCAGGUCACUUCCAACUUGUGAGCUCAACUGUGAUCUGAAGAAUCAAGAGGAUAAGGUGACCAGAGGGGACACACUGUUGGAGAAAAAAAAAAGAUGACGUCCCACUCUGUGAUUGUCAUGUUUGCCCUGCUGAGUUCCUGUCUGGCUACUGCAGGUCCAGAGCCUGGUACCCACUGUGAGCUGUCACCCAUCAAUGCCUCUCACCCUGUCCAAGCCCUGAUGGAGAGCUUCACCGUCCUGUCCGGCUGUGCCAGCCGAGGCACAACCGGGCUGCCACAAGAGGUGCACGUCCUGAACCUCCGCACCACGGACCAGGGGCCAGGCCAGCCACAGAGAGAGGUUACUCUGCAUCUGAACCCCAUCUCCUCCGUCCACAUCCAUCACAAGCCUGUUGUGUUCCUGCUCAACUCCCCACAGCCCUUGGUCUGGCGUCUGAAGACAGAGAGACUGGCCACCGGGGUCUCCAGACUUUUUCUGGUGUCCGAGGGUUCUGAGGUCCGGUUUUCAUCAGGAAACUUCUCCUUGACAGCAGAAACAGAAGAAAGGAACUUCCCCCAUGGAAAUGAGCAUCUACUCAAUUGGGCCCGGAAGGAGUACGGAGCAGUUACUUCCUUCACCGAACUCAAGAUAGCGAGAAACAUUUAUAUUAAAGUGGGAGAAGAUCAAGUGUUCCCUCCCACGUGCAACAUUGGGAAGAACUUUCUCUCACUCAAUUACCUUGCCGAGUAUCUGCAGCCCAAAGCAGCUGAAGGGUGUAUGGUGUCCAGCCAGCGCCAGGACAAAGAAGUACACAUUAUUGAGUUAAUCACCCCCAACUCCAACCCUUACAGUGCUUUCCAGGUGGACAUCAUAAUUGACAUAAGACCUUCUCGAGAGGCUCCUGAGGUGGUCAAAAACCUUGUCCUAAUCUUGAAGUGCAAAAAGUCUGUCAACUGGGUGAUCAAAUCUUUCAAUGUUAAAGGAGACCUGAAAGUGAUCGCUCCCAAUAGUAUUGGCUUUGGAAAAGAGAGUGAAAGAUCCAUGACAAUGACCAAAUCAAUAAGAGAUGACAUUCCUUCCACUCAAGAGAAUCUGAUAAAAUGGGCUUUGGACAAUGGUUAUAGUCCAGUGACAUCAUACACAGUGGCUCCAGUGGCUAAUAGAUUUCAUCUUCGGCUUGAAAAUAAUGAGGAGAUGAGAGAUGAGGAAGUCCAUACCAUCCCUCCUGAGCUUCGGAUCCUGCUAGGCCCUGGCAACUUGCCUGGCCUGGACAACCCGCCCAUCCGGGGAGGGGGAGACCGAGGUGGAGGUCUCCCCUUUCCUUUCCCAGAUAUCUCCCUGAGAGGCCGGAAGGAGGGAGCAGAAGACAGGAUCCCUCGGCCAAAGGACACUGUCCACCCUAGUAUCCAACUGUUUCCUGGUCCCAGAGAGCCAGAAGAAGUGCAAGGGAGCGUGGAUGUAGCCCUGUCAGUCACAUGUGACAGUGAAAAGAUGAUUGUAGCUGUAGAAAAAGAUUCUUUCCAGGCCAAUGGCUACUCGGGGAUGGAGCUCACCCUGUUGGAUCCUUCCUGUAAGGCCAAGAUGAACGACACCCACUUCAUUCUGGAGUCUCCUCUGAAUGGCUGCGGUACUCAGCACAGGCAGUCUGCCCCUGACGGUGUCGUCUAUUAUAACUCUAUUGUGAUACAGCUUCCGUCUCCUGGGGACAGUAGCGGUUGGCCAGAUGGUUAUGAAGACCUGGAGUCAGGUGACAAUGGAUUUCCAGGAGACAUGGAUGAGGGAGAACCUGGCCUCUUUAGCCGGCCUGAAAUCGUGGUGUUUAACUGCAGCUUACGGCAGCUGAGGAAUCCCAGCAGCUUCCAAGAUCAGACCAAUGAACACGUCACCUUCAACAUGGAACUGUACAAUACUGACCUCUUUUUGGUGCCCGUCCAGGGGGUCUUCUCAGUGGCCGAGAAUGGACCUGUUUACGUUGAGGUGUCUAUCACAAAGGCUGACCAAGAUCUGGGAUUUGCCAUCCAAACCUGCUUCAUCUCUCCAUAUUCGAACCCUGAUAGGAUGUCUGAUUACACCAUCAUUGAGAACAUUUGUCCCACAGAUGACUCUGUGAAGAUGUACAAUUCCAAGAGAGUGCACUUUCCCAUCCCAGAUGCUGAGAUUGAGAAGAAGCGGUUCAGUUUCGUCUUCAGGUCCAUGUUCAACACCUCCCUCCUCUUCCUGCAGUGUGAGCUUACGCUUUGCACCAAGAAGAAGGGCCCCCAGCAGUUGCCCAGGUGCGUGCAUACCGACGAGGCCUGCGACUCCCUGGACGCUACCAUGAUCUGGGCCAUGAUUCAGAAUAAGAGGACGUUCACCAAGCCCCUGGCUGUGGUCCACAAACUAGAGCCUAAAGAAAAUGUUCCAAAUGUGAAGGAGCCAACCCCAAAUUCUCCACCGAUUUUCCAUGGUCUGGACACACUAACCGUGAUGGGCAUCGCGUUUGCGGCAUUUGUGAUUGGAGCACUCCUGACAGGGGCCUUGUGGUACAUCUAUUCCCACACAGGGGAGACGGCGCGAAGGCAGGCGGUGCCCACCUCGCCGCCCGCCUCGGAGAACAGCAGCGCGGCGCACAGCAUCGGCAGCACGCAGAGCAGCCCCUGCUCCAGCAGCAGCGCGGCCUAGCUGCCCGCCGGGGCCAGCGGCAGGGCCGGAUGCCGGGCGGCGUGUGUCCGCACUCGGGAAGAAGGCUUGACCUGGGUUCCCCUGUAAAGAGAGGCUGCAUUUCAGUGUGGAGAUCAGCUGUUGUAUCCGCCCCUCGCUGCAGCCAACAACCAAUGUGACCCCUGAACUUCCGUAACACACUAGAAUUCAUGUGCAAAAGCUAAGGUGGGGGCCUUCUCCACCAGCCCCUCACAGGCUGGGGGUUUUCAAUGUGAAACACAUGCCAGUUUCUUUAAAAAAAAUGCUGCUUUGUCCAGAUGAGAACAUCCAUGAUUGGGGUCCUGAGUUUUACCCAGAGUCAAGAAAGGAUAGCUAGACGUUAGAACCAAUGAGGAGAUGCGGCCAAAUUCUCUUUCCCUGAACCAAGCCGUAAAACACAAGAAAUGCUUCUGGGUUUUCUAAACGCCCCUCUGGGUCGAAUGUGCACCUUGGUCUGGUUUGCCACGCCCUGCGUUGGUCCCUUGUGUGGCUUGCUGGGUGCUGUCCUCAGGGGCUGCGUCAAGGCAACAUUCCUUUCUUGUGCCCCGGGCCAAGACUGAUGCUGAUUACUUUCAUCAGCUUCCUGUUUCUCAAUGAACGCGUUGACUACCAAAAUGUCUUAAAAUGCAUUUUGUAUUUCCAAUAGGCACAUAGAAAUUGGGAAUGGUCAAAAUCCUGAACAGCAGAUUUGUGCCCGCUUUCUGACAUUUUGUUCUAAUCAAUAUCUAAAUUGGGAGGGGAAAUUCAGUUGUCAGAGGAGAAAUUUGCAAGGUGAUAUAUGUGUGUGUGUAGGUACAUAAGUCCAAGCAUGUCAUAUGUCAUCUGGCGCAUUGAGAGUUCCUCAUCUUCCCAUUUGAAAAUGCCCUAUGCUAGCCAGGUGUGGUGGCGUAUGCCUUUAAUCCCAACACUGGGGAGGCAGAGGUAGGAUCACUGUGAGUUCGAGGCCACCCUGAGAUUACAUACUGAAUUCCAGGUCAGCCUGGGCUCCAGUAAAAUCCUACCUUGUGGUGGGGGUGGGGGAGAGAAAAAAUGAAAAUGCCCUACGCUUCCAGAGUUGGGACUUACUGUUAUAUUUAGUAGAAUGAAUGUUUCCACUCAAAACACUUCAACCUUCCUAAUAAGCCCUUUUAUAAACACCAAAUUCUUAUGAGAUGCCCUUCCCAGUGGAUUCUAGUAGGUUAUCUGAGUGUCACCAAUGCUGCCAGGGGCGUGGUGAGAUAGGGAAGGGGCACUCUUUGGAUAGCUUUACUGAAUCUCAAACUCAAAAGAGGUUUCAGGUGAAUUUUAUGAAACAAUCCUAUGAGGCCACUUUAUAAAUCAACUCAGCUUACCGAUACCUCUAUGCUAAAAUAGGACGCCAGAGGGCAGUUUCCAAAUCAGAUCAUUUACCGUGGGAGACGGCUUCAUUGCAAAUCAAAUGAUAGUAUUUUUUUUUUAUCCAGAAUUCUCCCCAAAUAACUUAAAAUUUCAUAAGUAGAUUCUAUCCCAAAAUAUUCACAUGAAAAUCCAACUGCCCUUAAAACAAUUGGGCCUGGUCCUCUGUGGAUGGGAAAUGUUAGUGAAAUUCAAAACACAGCAAACUAGCAGAGAUGGGCAGUCACUGCUAUCCAGUCUGAAUAAUAGUCUCCCUCAUUGGAUAAAUGAGGACCUGCAAUUGAGGUUAUUUUAGCCAAGAUGGAUUCCUUCAGGGCUUAGAUUUCCUGGCUGAUACAUUAAAAACACUUGAGAUCUCCAUGUAUGAAUCAAAAUGAUAUGCAACUACAGGAAAUAUUUUUAUUUAGUUAAUUAUUUUAACAUAAAGGUAUCGGAAUGGAAGACCUGGAUUACGCUACCUGUGUUUGAAAAUAAUGCGCUUUUCCUAACCUUCAGCAGAAUGUAUUGUUUUAGCAUAUUCUAUGUAUAAAAAAGUUUUAAAAUGUCUUCAAAGAAGACUAGAGUCUUUAAGUCACUUAUAGCUAUAUUUUACUACAAAAAUUCUGUAUAAAUAUAUAUUUAAAUGUUUUAGAUAAAUUUAAGUUACUCCAUAUGAAAUGUUUGAUUUCAGUUACUGUGAAUUCUUGUGAUCAGUUCUUUGCCUUAAAAAGAAAAAAUUACUUUUUCCAUCUUGUUAAAAAAGAAAAUUAGUUAUGAGAAGGUAUUAAAAGAUUCAUUUCUUAGAUGGAGAGGGUUUAAAACUUCUGUAAUAUAUUUAAAUAUAUGUUUUUGAGAGAGAGCCUACAUUGCCAAUGAUUUUAUAAAUAAUCUUAGAUUAAUUUACAAAUUUAUAAAUGAAAACCAAAAGAUUUUUAAAAGAGAGAAAGAAAAGAAAAUCACCUUUUAUUUCUUUGGGUUUUAUUGUUAGAGGUAUUGCUCAGCUUAAGAAACCUAAUCCCAUAUUGAAGUCUGAAUGUCACUAAGAAUUUCUGCAAUGUUUCUUUGAAAAUGAGCAUUUAAAAAUAGGGUGUUUUCUCCCUAGCUUCUUAUUACAUUUCUGACUGCUUCAGCCUUCACAGAUUUAAUACAAAGUACAAGUUCAAUUUUUGUAACAUGUUCUGCAAGUUUCUUUACAGCUCUUGUUAUAUUCUAGUUGAAAUCUAUCUGCAAAGUCUUGCAUGAUUUCCACUGGCUACACCAAUAAUUCGCAGAGCCCAUUUUGUUUGGUUGCCUGAUGUUGCAGCUAUGUUGGUGGGUUUGGAGCUCCAAAGCAGAUCAUCUGUGUACUAUCCUAUAGCUUUUCACCAUAUGCAGUUACCCUGCAUUUUAAAAAGCCAGAGAUAUUUCUUUUUUUUAUUGUUGUUUCUGUCUGAGCUGUGUGCAUUGCAUUUUCUAAACACAAAAUGGUCUUUUCCUCGUCUUGUAAUGAGAUUGCAAAUCCAUUUUCUGUGUGUUCUUCGCGGGCGUGACUGAGUGUGUAUGGGGGUACGCAGGGCGUGCCAGUCUUUUCAUAUUGUAACUACCUCAUGGUUUGAAUGAUGAACGUACUGCUGGUUGUGUUAACAGAGCACAUUUUGUUGGGUGAGUUGUGUAUGCCAUUUUUUUUUCCUGUUUGUUUUAUCUGGGGGUUGUUCAUAAAACUGACAGAUUUUUUUUUUUUUCCUAAAAAGGGACUAUUAUCAGUUUCCAAGUACAAUACUUCUCUCUUCUGGUUUUUCCUGAAUGAGCCUGAUUUUGUUGCUGUUUUCAUCAGCAGAAGGGUAGGAGAGUACCCUGUAAAUCCCUGUGGCCAGUUUGAACGCCCCGUCGCAAUCUUUCCUCUGUGCAGUGUGUCAGCUCCUUUGUGAACAUGCUUAGAUGUAUAGUUUUGAUAACCACAGUUUAAGUCCUUUAUCUGUGCAUAAUAAAAGAUAUAUAUCAAUUAUUAAA